AUGACCAUGGAUGCCAUCCUGGCACGAUUGAAACUCCUGAAUCCAGAUGACCUGAGAGGAGAAAUUAUCAAAGCUGGGUUGAAAUGUGGACCCAUUACAUCAACCACAAGGUUCAUUUUUGAGAAAAGAUUGGCCCAGGCUUUGCUAGAGCAAGGACAGCUGCCUUCCUAUCCUCCCGACCAUGAUGGGGCGGGUGCUGUGGCACCCAGCCAGGAUACACAGAGGGUUUUGAAGUCAGCUGUGGAGAACCCAACUGAACAGACCAGUUUCUCUGAGGACAGAGAUUUUGGUUAUAGUAUGGGCUUGAAUCCUCCAGAGGAGGGAGCUGUGAUAGCCAAGACCUGCUCGGUGGCCCUCAGUGCCACAGUCGACACCCUCAGAGCUGGAGUGACAGCCUCUAAGGAGCCACCGCUGUACUAUGGCGUGUGCCCUGUGUAUGAGGACGUCCCGGCGAGAAAUGAAAGGAUCCAUGUUUAUGAAAAUAAAAAGGAAGCAUUGCAAGCUGUAAAAAUGAUUAAAGGGUCCCGAUUUAAAGCUUUCUCAACCAGAGAAGAUGCUGAGAAAUUUGCUAGAGGAAUUUCUGAUUAUUUGCCUUCUCCAAGCAAACCCUCAUCACCACUUUCUCCUGUGAAGGUAGCACCACUCUUCAGCAAUGGUGGGUUGAAAGAUGGUUUGUGCUUGUCUGAAUCAGAAACAGUCAGUAAAGAGCGAGCGAAUGGUUACAAAAAUCCCCGCACGCAGGACCUCACUGCCAAGCUUAGAAAAGCUGUGGAGAAGGGAGAAGAAAACACCUUUUCUGAUCUGAUCUGGAGUAAUCCCCGUUAUCUGAUUGGCUCAGGGGACAACCCAACCAUUGUACAGGAGGGAUGCAGGUACAACGUCAUGCAUGUUGCCGCCAAAGAGAACCAGGCCUCCAUCUGCCAGCUGACGUUGGAAGUCCUGGAGAACCCUGAUUUCAUGCGGCUGAUGUACCCGGAUGACGAUGUGGCCAUGCUGCGGAAGCGUAUCCGCUACAUCGUGGACCUGUACCUGAAUACCCCCGACAAGAUCGGCUAUGACACACCAUUGCAUUUUGCUUGUAAGUUUGGGAAUGCAGAUGUGGUCAGUGUCCUUUCCUCACACCCUCUGAUUAUAAAAAACCCAAGGAACAAAUGUGAGAAAACACCUGAAGAUGUAAUUUGUGAAAGAAGCAAAAAUAAGUCUGUGGAACUGAAGGAGAAGAUCAGAGAGCAUUUACAGGGUCACUACUACGUGCCGCUUCUAAGAGCAGAAGACACUUCUCCAGUCAUCGGGGAGCUGUGGUCCUCAGACCAAACAGCUGAGGUCUCUCAUGUCAGCCGCUAUGGGGGCAGUCCCAGAGACCCUGUGCUGACCCUGAGAGCCUUUGCUGGGCCCCUGAGUCCAUCCAAGGCAGAAGAUUUUCGCAAACUCUGGAAAACUCCACCGCGAGAGAAAGCAGGCUUCUUUCACAACGUCAGGAAAUCUGAUCCAGAAAGAGGCUUUGAGAGAGUGGGAAGGGAGCUAGCUCAUGAGCGGGGGUAUCCCUGGGUUGAAUACUGGGAAUUUCUGGGCUGUUUUGUUGAUCUGUCUUCCCAGGAGGGCCUGCAAAGACUAGAGGAAUAUCUCACUCAGCAGGAAAUGGGCAAAAAGGCUUGCCAAGGCACAAGAGAUGAGGCAGCCUACUGCCCACACGGGGCUCCCACCCCAGGCAGCGGCCCGAAGUGCAGCAAUUCCAUUUCUGUGCGGGCUUUUCUAGAUGAAGAUGACAUGAGCUUGGAAGAAAUUAAAAAUCGGCAGAACACGGCUCUAAACAAUAGCCAGCCCGCACUCAGUGCUUUUGCGAGCUCAGGCUGUAGCACCCGCUCCUUGGGGCAGAAAGCAGACUUCAUAGAAGCCGCAGAGCCCCGCCGUGCCCCCAGCAGCAGAAAUGGUCUCUGCAGCCGCCGGAGCCACAGCGAGACACCAGCUGGGAAGCGGCUAGAGGUGCCCGGUGGGAGAGAAGCCCAUCCGUCACCUGGCUCCGGCUUGACUGCGUUUGAUGAACUGAGCCUGCAAAACCCAGGCCAUGGCUUUUCCAAGACACCAAGCGAAAAUAUCAUGGAAACCAAAGACGAGAAGGUUCUGACUCCAAGAACGGAUGCAGUGGAAAGUGACUUGUUAGCACCUCCUGCUGCUGCUGGCCAACUGGGGAAUAACCAGAGGACAGAAAGUGAAAUGUCAGCCAGGAUUGCCAAAAUGUCCUUGGGUCCCAGUGGCCCCCAGCGUGAGGCCCCGCUCGGGUGUGGUCCCGAGUCCCAGGCUGUGCCACCUCCUGUGUCCCCCCUGGCCACAAGGGAACCCGCCAAGAGGCUCUUCCUUUUUGGAGAAGAGCCAUCGAAACUCGACCGGGAUGUGUUGGCCGCUCUGGACUGUGCACACAUCGACCCUCGUCAGUACCCCGCUGUCCACAGGUGGAAGAACUCCGUCCUGUGCUACUCCCCAUCAGACAGACAGAGUUGGUCAAGCCCUGCGCUGAAAGGAAAGUUCAAGUCUCAGCUGUCGGAUCUUGGCUGCACUUACAGCUACAGCCUGGGGAGGAGCGGUGCCACCGGGAGCAGCCCCGGGAAGCCUGGUCUGGGCAGCCCUGGGCGGUACAGCCCCGCGCACGGGAGCCCGCUCCGCAGGAUGGCUCACCUUACCGAGCUAGCAGCCCUGUAGGUCGGUGAUGGGCUAUUUCAUUUUUCAUUUGUAAAGAAAGGGUAAUGUGUUGCUAAAAUUUCACAGAAGAAUUUAUUCUGAUUAACUUAUUAAUCCUCACUUUGAGGAUAAGAAUAAGAAUUUUAGAAAUUCAGAUGUUCUGUAUAAAGUUUAGAUUUCUAGCCGGGCUUGGUGGCUCAGCCUGUAAUCCCGCGCCUUUGGGAGGCUGAAGUGA